ACGAAAAUGCGUUACAAAAAGUAAACAGUGAAUUUGGAUUUGGUUUAGAGACAAUUGUUUUGUGAUUUUAUUUUAGUGUUUAGUGAGGGUGAUUGUAGGAAUUUAUUUGUGUGCACAAGGAUAUUGCUGUAAAAAGAAAUUAUGGCGAGUGCGGGGUUGCGAAAUGCAGGAGGCAGCGACGAUAAUAUUUCGGACGAUGAAAAUACACCAUUAACUCAGGAUAUAUAUGGAGGAAGCCAAAGAACGGUUUCCGAGACCAAAGGAUGGGACGUCUUUCGGAACCCUCCGUCGAAGGCGGACAGCGGGUCAAUGGCAAACCAGGCCUGUCUCGAAAUCAGUGUGAAAAUUUUGAAAAUUGUAGCAUAUCUGGUCACAUUUGUAAUAGUCCUCGUGUCUGGGGUCAUAGCCAAAGGCAGCCUUUUAUUUAUGACCUCACAGCUGAGGAGGGAUCGGAAAAUCGAAUACUGUAAUAAGGACAUGGUUAGGGACAAACAAUAUGUGACAACUUUGCCUGAAGAAGAGCGAAUCGCAUGGAUGUGGGUGCUCUUGUUUGCAUUUGCUGUCCCAGAAAUGGGAACACUCAUCAGAUCUGCAAGAAUUUGCUACUUCAAAGUCUUCAAGAAACCAUCUUCUACUGAAUUCUUCAUGGCGUUCUUCAUGGAGACAAUGCACACAAUAGGCUUGGCCUUAUUUAUUUACGUUAUCUUGCCGGAGUUGGACGUUGUCAAAGGUGCCAUGUUAACGAAUUGCAUGUGCUUCGUGCCCGGCGUCUUUGGUUUACUAUCCCGAGGCAGUAAAGAAUCUAAAAGGGCUGUUAAAGUAAUCGUCGAUCUUGUUGCAAUUGCAGCUCAGGUGACCGGCUUUGUUGUGUGGCCACUUCUGGAAGGCAAAGCCGAGCUCUGGCUAAUUCCGAUCAGUAUCGCCUGCAUAUCUUGUGGCUGGUGGGAGAAUUAUGUCUCUGAUCAGAGCCCUUUAGGAUUUAUGAAAAAAUUAGGUCGCAUGAAAGAAAACAUGAAGCACUCCCGAUAUUUCUGUUAUAUAUUUAUUAGCGUUUGGAAACUAGUCGUAUUUUUUGGAUCAUUACUUUUUAUCAUUUGGGCCAAAGGCGAUGACGUCGGCAAUUUCUUUCUUAUGUUCAAGUCAGGAUUUGGAGACCACAAAAUUAUCGUCGAAGAAGUCGUUCAACAGUUUCAAAGUGGUACUAUAUUAUCUGAUGCAAGUGAAAUAGCUCAACAAGGCGAUUCGAUUGACAAAAUGGCUGCAAACAACGCACCAAUAUUUUUGCUUAUUAUCCAAAUUUUGUCGGCGUAUUUUUGUUACGUCUUCGGCAAAUUUGCUUGCAAAAUUUUAAUCCAAGGUUUCAGCUACGCCUUUCCUGUAAAUCUUACCAUACCAGUUUGCAUAUCUCUUCUGAUAGCCGCUUGUGGUAUAAGAAAUGGUGACCCUUGCUUUUUCCAUGGUACAUUACCUGAUUAUUUGUUCUUCGAAAGUCCACCAGCCUAUUUUUUGGAGGAGUUUUUGUCAAGGCAAAUGGCCUGGGUUUGGUUGCUCUGGUUGUUGUCACAAACUUGGAUAACUUUGCAUAUUUGGACACCGAAAUGUGAACGUUUGGCGACUACUGAAAAAUUAUUUGUCUCACCGAUGUAUAAUGCACUUUUGAUUGAUCAAUCUAUGGGGUUGAAUAGACGUAGAGACGAUCAAGCCGAUGUCAAGACUGAGGAUUUGGCUGAAAUCGAGAAAGAAAAAGGUGACGAGUACUACGAAACAAUAUCAGUGCACACAGACGGAUCAGCAAAUCAAAAAACAAUAAAAUCAUCUGAUCACAUAACCAGAAUAUACGCAUGUGCCACCAUGUGGCACGAAACCAGAGACGAAAUGAUAGAAUUUUUAAAAUCAAUUUUACGCCUGGACGAAGAUCAAUGUGCUCGACGUGUAGCCCAGAAAUACCUUCGAGUCGUUGAUCCUGAUUACUACGAAUUCGAAACACACAUUUUCUUCGAUGACGCCUUCGAAAUUUCGGACCACAACGACGACGAUUCCCAAGUCAACAGAUUCGUAAAACUUUUGGUGAAUACAAUAGACGAGGCAGCUUCUGAUGUACAUCACACCAAUAUCAGAAUACGUGCCCCUAAAAAAUAUCCAACACCUUACGGUGGUAGAUUAGUAUGGACUUUACCAGGAAAAACCAAAAUGAUUGCUCAUCUCAAAGAUAAAUCUAAAAUUAGGCACAGAAAACGAUGGUCACAAGUCAUGUAUAUGUACUACUUGUUGGGGCAUAGGUUGAUGGAAUUGCCUAUAUCAGUCGACAGAAAAGCUGUGAUGGCUGAGAAUACUUAUUUGCUAACUUUGGAUGGUGACAUUGAUUUUCAACCUCAGGCUGUACAAUUGUUGGUGGAUUUGAUGAAGAAGAAUAAAAACUUGGGAGCUGCUUGUGGACGAAUCCAUCCUAUAGGCUCAGGUCCUAUGGUUUGGUACCAAAUGUUCGAAUACGCCAUCGGUCAUUGGCUCCAAAAAGCAACAGAACACAUGAUAGGCUGUGUACUUUGUAGUCCUGGUUGUUUCUCCCUUUUCAGAGGCAAAGCCCUUAUGGAUGACAAUGUUAUGAAAAAAUACACCACAAAAUCUGAUGAAGCCAGACAUUAUGUCCAGUACGAUCAAGGCGAAGAUCGAUGGCUUUGCACACUUUUGUUACAAAGAGGUUACAGAGUCGAAUAUUCAGCUGCUAGUGAUGCUUAUACACAUUGCCCAGAAGGUAAAAAAUAG